GAUUCUUGUAACACCCGGAUACGUGGCGAGAGACAACUGUCGAAUAUUAAGGGCCAGUAUUCACCAGGGAGAUGGUGUCCUGUUCAAAGGACCCUACUGUGGGUUCGAGUCCUGUUCUAUGGCUAUGACGAUCAUUAUGAGAGCAGCCAUCCUCCCGAUAUCACAGUGGACCAGGGACAUUGUCACACACAGCUUGAUAGCAGGACAUCGUUUGUAUAGCAUGGUGAUGUACAAGACAUGCGUCAAGCUUCAUCCCGAAAUGAUAAGAGCUUGCUUUAACCUACCAGGACGAUAUUUGCAAGUCCGAGAGUUUGAUAUCGUGACGAAGUGUGUGCUGCUCUUUGAAAAUUUGUUCACCUUACAUUUUGAAGACGAAUCCCAGCUUUUCGGAACUCUAUCGGAUGGUUAUAAUCCAAAAAGCCCAGAAGAAGGUCCGGGAAAGACAUUACUUGAUGCCCUCUGGGAACUGUUCGAUAAACAUAGUGCAGGUAUUUUCAUUGCAGGUAAUAAACCAAUUGCUGUUAU